UUGCCGCCUCUGUGAUUAGUGAUUAGGCGACGUGUAGGUGUUUUGUUGCAUUUAGAUGUGUUAGUUUGUUUAAUUUUAUAUAUGCUAAAUUAAAAAAUUAUUUAUUCCUUAGUAAAUAUGUAUAAAUGUUUAUUAUAGAAGAUUAAAUCUAUAGAAGUUUUAUUGUUAUACGAUGCAAGGUGUAUUAUAAUUACUGCUGUUGUUAAAGUCAACAACGAUUUAUUUUAAAUAACAUUUACAUUUUGAAAUAUACUAUGGGUGUACCAGUAACCUUAGGCGUAGAUGCAGAUAUCUACAAUGGCAAAUUUCAAGAAUUGUGUAAAGGUUUGAAUUUAGACAAGAAUGCUGCCAAUCGAGCGUGGUCUGCUUAUUUAACUGUGAAAGAAAACUAUUCGUUAGAUGGUAAUCCUAAUCACUGGUUAGCUUGUGCAAUAUAUGUUGCUUGUCGUAAUGUAACAGAACAAACUGUUGGUGAUAGUGAAACUUUAAUUGAAGGAAAUUUAGUUAGUUUAACAAGAUUACUUCGUCUUAGCAAUAUAAACUUGAUAGAUUUUAUAAGUAAAAGUAAAAAAUGGGCAGACAUGAUUAAUAUGCCAUUGGAAUUACGUCGUAAAAUUGAAAAACUUGAAAAUAAUUUUGCAGUUUCUAUGGUUAUAUUCAAGAAAUUUCAACCCAUUUUUAAAGCCAUGUUUAAUGAUUCAAUUGAUGACAACUCUAAGUCUCGAUUGUCUAAGAAACAAAAGUAUAUUAUUAAUAUUUAUUAUUUUCCAAUAUUAUUUUUCUUUGAUUUCAGAGUUUCAUGUUCAUUUUCCAAACUAUUUGAAUUUUGCUGGACAUUAUUUGUCUCUACUAAAUCUGAGUUCCCAUCUUUAAGUGAUGAUCUAGUAAAUUCAUAUCAUUUAUUGCUAGCCUGCUGUGAUUAUAUUUAUACAAAUGUUCUUAUAGCUGACUUAAGAGAGCUUUUAAAUAAAUCAUUCGGAGGUCUUCCAUAUGAUUUUGAUACACCUUCAUAUAUUUCACCAAAAAAACCAAUUUGUAUUAUUGACUAUUUAUGUCAAAACUAUGAUGGUAUAGCUACUGAAGCAAAAGGGAUUAAAUUUCAUUGGAAAAUUAAUUUAAAAAAACUAAUUGAUAGACAAAUUCUUAAAGGAGAUGUUGAGCUUAUGUUAUUUUUGGAUCCUAUUAAUUUUGAGAACAACUUAAAAGCUAUCAAUAAACGCUAUGAACAAUAUGUCUUAAGUGUUGGUGAAUUUGAUGAACGAAUAUUUCUUUCUGAAAAUGCCAAUAUUGAAAUAGGACCUUCAACUGAGUGUUCAACUAAAGAUCUUGUUAAAGAAAUGAAAAAUAAAAAGAUGAAUUUUUUAAAUUAUACUCCACUGACUGCUCAAACCUAUUUAAAAACUAAAAAUGAUAAUUCUCAUGAAAAUAUAUCGGUGAGAAGUGAUUCAGAUAUGCUAUUUAAAAUUGAAUCAAUUUUAACUGAUUUCUAUCCACAUCCUUCAGAUAACUUGUAUGCAUUGUUUAUGUCUUGUUCAGGAGAUUUAAAAGAUAAUAUUGAAAAUUUAGUAAAUGAGCUAAGUACCAAGUUUUAUGCUAAAUAUUGUCUUGUUGAUCAAAAUUCAUCUUUAAAUUGUGAAACUGCUAAGAAAAAACUCCAUAUGGCAAAAGUUUGGUUUUAUAAGUUGUUUGAAAAUAUUGUUGAUAAAGAAGCAAAAAAUCCCAAGUAUGACAUCAGAUCAUUGAUGCUUCACAAUAUAUUUCAUGAAACCCUGUUUGCUUGUUGCUUGGAAAUGAUAUUAUUUUCUUAUAAUUCGCAUUUUACAUUUCCAUGGGUCCUUAAUGUUCUUGAAAUACAUCCUUAUCAUUUAUAUAAAGUGAUUGAAGUAAUUGUGCGAGUAGAAGAUAAAUUACCAAGAGAUAUGGUAAAGCAUUUAAAUAGGGUUGAGGAACAGGUAUUAGAUAGUUUGUCAUGGCAAUCUAAAAGUCCAUUAUGGGAACUAAUCAAUAUAAAUGAUAAAAAAAUUCCAAGGUAUGAAGAUAUUGCAUUAAUUAACAUUGUGAGUUCAAAUACAAUUAAUCAAAAUCAGAAAGUAGAAAAUAAUAUUACCCUACCAAAAGAUAGUCCAAUAUCUGAUAGAUUUAUAUCACCAGCGCCUGGACAUCCAAAUGUCUUCAAAACUGGUCGUCAAGUAAUAGUGAAUGAAAAUAAACAAUAUAAUACAACUCAGUGUUACAACAAUUGUGCAAUUCAAGUUUCUCCUGCUAAAAAGAUUGGUACAUUUGGGCUUUUUUUUAGAAAAUUUUAUUAUUUGGCUGCUGUACGUAUGCAAGAUUUAUGUUAUCAACUAAGUAUAAAUGAAGAUUUAAUGCGUAAAAUUUGGACUUGUUUUGAACAUGUUAUUAUUGUACAAACUGAUAUGAUGCGUGAUAGACAUUUAGAUCAAAUAUUGAUGUGUACAAUCUACAUAAUCUGUCGAGUUGUCAAUUUAAAUUUGCGAUUUCAAGAUAUUAUGAAAUGUUACAGAAAUCAACCACAAUCUGCUUCUCAUAUUUAUCGAAGUGUUUUGAUUUCGUCAAAAAAUUUUAGUCAAGAAGAAAUUGAAAAUAGUGGAGCCCAAUGUGAUGAAGAGCGUAUUGAUCUUAUUAAAUUUUAUAACACAAUAUUUGUUUUAAAAGUCAAAGAUAAUGCUCUCAAAUAUUCAACAAGCAAUAGUAAUGAAAAUAUUGUUUUAUCUCCUUUACCAGCUACAAAAACACAACUACAUUCACCUACUACUAGAAGAGUUAGUGACCGUAUUCCAAUAUUUAUUCGCAAACUUGAAGCUCAAGCUAGUCCAAUCAAGUCACCAAUUAAGCCUCUUAGUUAUUGUAUAAAUCAGAGUCCAAAAAAAGAUUUGGAAAAUAUUAAUUUAGUAACAAUGCGUCCUCUUACAAAAAAAAGAAGUAUUAAUAGUGAUCACAUUGAUACUCCUAAUAAGAAACAAAAAACUCCAUCCCCUCCUGUAAUAACAAAAAGGUUACAAGGUCUUUUAGAAGAACGUUUAGAGCAUAAUAGUGACAAAUAAUUAUUUUUACUUCAUUUUUCUAUCUUGUGAAUUUUUAUGUUAUUGCAACUUUUAUUUUAAGAAAUUAGUUGUAAAAUUAAAAUGUGUGGAUUAUAUUUCAUAGAUUGAUAUUAUGCAUUAUAACUCAUAUUUUAAGUAAUUGUAGACUCAGAUUACUGUUUUCAGAUAAAACAUUUUAGUAAAUAUUAAACUGAAUAAUUUUAUGAACAUUUAUUUAAAUAAUAAAUAAAAUAAAUAACUAAUCAUAAAAUUAGGUAAUACUGCAAUUUUUACUACUCUAGAUCUCAUGUUCUUUUAUUAUAAUUUUUCACUGUAAAAACAAAAUGUAUAUUAUCGACAAAAACUUAUAAAUAUAUUUGUAUACACAUGUUCAAAAGUAAAGAUAGGGUUUUCAUAUUAUUCGAUCAACAAAACCUUAUUCCUUACAUAUUAAAUAUCUAAUAACUUAACUGCUUGAAUAAUUUUAAUUUUAUUUAAUAAGUAUAUUAACUAAUUAUGACAUUUUUAUUAUUUCUUAAAAACUAGUAUAAACGUGUGUAAAAUAAUUUGUGUAAUCCUUAAUGAUGUAGAGCCUAUUUAUUUAUAUAUAUAAUUUUAAAUUAUACAUAUUAAAAAUAUUUUUGUGUAUAUUUUUAUGUGACAUUUGAAAAUUUCUUUAAUAGUUGUACUAAUUACAAAUUUUAUAUUUAUAUAUUAUUUUAUUUUACUAUCAAUAUUGUAUUUAAAAAAAAUUAUACAUUUUAAUUUCAAUUGUGGACUUUGGUUAUUUUAUAGUACUAUUAUGUUAUUAUAAUUAAUACUGAAUACUAAAUAUUAAAGUAAACAUAUUAUUUACUAAAUUUAACAAACAUAUAAUUACUACUUUUAUUACAAUAUAAAUUAAAAAUAAAAUUCAA